AUGGAGAGUGCAAUCACACUGUGGCAGUUCCUUUUGCAGUUGCUGCUAGACCAGAAACACGAGCACCUCAUUUGCUGGACGUCUAAUGAUGGCGAAUUCAAGCUACUCAAGGCAGAAGAAGUGGCUAAGCUGUGGGGACUCAGAAAAAACAAAACUAAUAUGAAUUAUGACAAGCUGAGCCGGGCGCUCAGAUACUAUUAUGACAAGAACAUCAUCAAGAAAGUGAUCGGACAAAAGUUUGUAUACAAGUUUGUCUCCUUUCCUGAGAUUUUAAAAAUGGAUCCCCAUGCUGUGGAAAUCAGCAGAGAGAGCCUUUUGCUGCAGGACAGCGACUGUAAGAUGCCUCCGGAGAGCAGGGAUCAGCACAAGCACAGCUUGUCAGCACUGAAAAGCACAAGCCGUAAUGAAUAUAUCCACUCUGGCCUCUACUCCUCUUUCACUAUCAACUCCCUGCAGAACCAGCCAGACCCUUACAAGACCAUCAAAACAGAAAAACUGGAGAAGUCAGAAGGAAACACACCAGUUGAAGAAGUCCGAACUGUUAUCAGAUUUGUGACAAACAAAACAGACAAACAAGUUACGAGGCCCAUGGUGUCGUUGCCUUCUACUUCUGAAACAGCAGCUGCCUCUGCUUUCCUCAACUCUUCAGUAUCAGCUAAAAUAUCUUCCUUAAUGCUACCCAACAGUGCCAGCAUUUCAUCUCCAUCAUCAUCCUCCUCCAGGUCACCAUCUCUGUCUCCCACCUCACCCCUCCCUACAGAACACAAGAGCUUCUUCCUUGACUCCAGUUGCCACGACUCAGAUUCCCUUGAGCCUCUGAACCUCUCCUCAGGCUCCAAGGCCAAAUCCCCAUCUCUUCCCCCAAAGGCUAAAAAACCCAAAGGCUUGGAAAUCUCUGCCCCACCUAUGAUUCUCUCCAGCACUGACAUCGGUUCCAUUGCCCUCAACAGCCCCGCGCUUCCUUCGGGAUCCCUGACUCCAGCUUUCUUCACUGCACAGACCCCCAAUGGAUUAUUGCUGACCCCCAGCCCGCUGCUGUCCAGCAUUCACUUCUGGAGCAGCCUCAGUCCUGUUGCUCCUCUGAGUCCUGCCAGGCUGCAGGGACCAAACACUCUGUUCCAGUUUCCAACUCUGCUAAAUGGUCACAUACCAGUGCCACUCCCCAGUCUGGACAGAGCCUCUUCACCAAUACUGCUUUCUCCAAAUGCUCAGAAAUCCUGA